ACAUCAAAAUACCUGCAGAAGAACAAUCAGCCAAUCAGAGAAGAGAAUCUGAAUUGGGUCCCAGUUUCGGUUUUUCUUUGCUCCUCCAGGUCUGCUCCAGGGCCCUCAAGCCCCGCCAACAUCCAGGACAUGGAGCUGAGGGAGGAGUGGCAGGAUGAUGGCUUCCCCAGACCACUUCCAGAGGACGACACAGAAAGUCCGGCAGGAGAAUCAGCACCGUCUCUGAGUCUCACUCUGAACCGCCGUGACUCGAACGAUCGGAACAGCUUCUCCGCAGCCGCGCUGUCAGGGACACCAGACGACACGCCGUCGCUUGACAUCAACCUGGAAGCUCUGGAGACGCCAUCGGACAGCGAGACGGGAACACUGCCGGACAGCAUGCACGACCUGGAGUGGGACGACGACCUUCCUCGGAUGGGCAGAGGCGGAGCUGUGGGUGUGGCCAGAAAUCCGAUGGAGCAGUCCGAAGGUCUGAUGGAGCUGGAUCAGGUGGACAGCAGAGGGCGGCGCUGGAGGCGGUUCUGCAUCUCAGGACACGAAUACCAUGUCAACAUGAGCGUCCUGGAGCCGUACCUGCAGGUCCUGUCGCAUGGAGGCUACUUUGGAGACGGGAUGAACGCCAUCAUCCUCUUCACUUCCUGUUACCUGCCGGAGAACACAGUGGAAAACUACGAGUAUGUCAUGGAAAACCUGUUCAGGUACAUCGUGGGGACGCUGGACCUGAUGGUCUCAGAGAAUUACCUGCUAGUCUACCUGUGCGCCAUGGCUCCCAGAAACAAGCUGCCCUCCAUCAAAUGGCUUCACCAGUGCUACACGUCCAUCGACAGGAGGUACAGCAUCCCCUCUCAGCACCGCCCUGAGGGGUGGAGCUUCUUUACUUCCUGUUCCUUCAGUAACUGUGACCCCGUAGACGAGUAGAGCUUCUCAUAGCUGCUCGCUGUGUCCGACCUGUGGACCAUGCGGCGAGAUGAUCUUUCAGUUCAAC